AUGGUCAGCUGCUGGACUCUAGGUGCUGAGGGCGUCUCGGCUGAGCUAGAGGAUGCAUCGUCGCGGCACAUGCCACAACGUCGUCAAAGACGCCUUUUUAAGACCUCAUGUAUUCCACGCGACAACAGCAUAGGUAUCCAUUCGCAGAAUGUCGCAGGAUUUCCCAAGAACCCGGAACAUUGCGCAACUUGGUUCAGCCACUUCCGACAGAGCGAAGCCAGGGGAAUCAUCGAUUUGGUCCUUUUACAGGAAACGCGGGUCACUUUAGGUGAGGCAGCUCCUCUGGACAAGCUUUACAACUCCUCCUGGGGAUUCGUACACAAACUCGGACGCUCGUUGUGGACCGAGUCCGAGUUCUCUCGUGGAGGUGUGGCUAUUUUAUUAAACCCAUACUCAACAAUUACGGAAAUGGUUCCGUGGUAUGAGGAUCAAUGGACACAGCAUUGGAUGGCUGUCCGGGUCUGUAUAAUGGGCGAAACAGUUCUUGUUGUAAACGUUUACGCCCCAAGUACCAAGACUGAAAGAGAGGCGCUGGUCUCGAGCCUUCUACUUAUUCUUCAGGGAUACGAAGGACCCAUGUUUGCUGGAGGGGACUUCAACUGUACUUUGGAGCCGCGACUUGACCGUUCUUUUGUCUCGCCGCCAGGAAGACAUGAUUCCUUGGCGCUUCGGCGGCUUCUCGGCCGAGUGCAGCUUAGCAGUGUUCUUGAUGGUGAUCUGGAGAUGGCCGAAGAAGAAAGAGAUGUACCGGCGUUUCAUGCGGCCUCUCACACUUAUUUCUACACCCUUCCGGGCGGUGGAUUGGCUAGUUCCCGACUGGAUCGGUGGUAUGUGAGCUCUCGCCAUGCUGAUUGGAUUCGUGGCGUUGCUUUGUCAGUUCCUGGUCCAGCAGCUGACCACAAUGGCAUCAGUAUCAGGAUUGGAGUGCCGCGUUAUGUGGUCCGUGUACGUAAGCCGAGGCACGUGUACCCUGUUCCAGGUUGUGCAAACACAGCCGCGCAUAAAGCAAUUGUUGCGGCCAUUAAGCUGGCACAGCUUAAAGCGGACGAGACUCUUUCUGUUCCGCCGUCGGACUAUAUCACGGCCCGUAGAUUGGCCGACUGGUGGGAUGAAUGGAAGAUCAGGCUUCGCAAAGUUCUUUUGGCGACGACCAAGACCGCGCGUCAAGGUAUGACAACAAGCUAUCGGCAGCGGCUCCGUCGGCUCUAUGUAAGACUGGACGCAGCUCUAUUGGUGGCGCGUACACUUGAUAACUCACCACCAGGAGCUCAUAAGGACUGCAACAAGCCUAGCACCACCGAUACUCCGGUUGGACUGCGGCGUAAUGUUGCGGAGUGUCGACGCUUAUGGCAGAGAUCCAAAAAAGAGCGCCUUCUUGUUCAACACACGUAUACUCCUGGAGAAACAUCUCGACGUUUUUUCGCCCGGGUGGCGACUAAAUUUCAAGACAACACCAUUGUUUCUUUGGGCGGAAAGGCUGCAUACGGGCCAAAUCAUUCCCAAGAGCUGGCUGAUGAAAUGGAGGAUGGCUGGGAGCGUAUUAUGACUCAUUCCUUUGCCUGUCCCGACGCUACCGCCACUUUUCUUUCCCGGGCAGUCCCGCCAGGACCAGUUGAUGACACUACUGUGAUGUCGGCCGUUUCCCCCGAUGAAGUGAGUGCGGCUUUAAAGAGGCUGAAACGUGGGAAAGCCGCGGGACCGGACGAAAUUAACAACACAUUUUACAGAGAUUACGCGGAAGCGCUCAGUCCAGUACUCGCUACAUUCUACACCAGAUGGCUUACGUGCAGCGUGUUCCCGUCUUCCUUCGGUGAAGCGAACAUUCAGUGUUUGAAGAAAUCUGCGUCCUCCGCCUUGCCGCUCGAUCAUCGCCCGAUUGCUCUCCUCAACAGCGACUACAAGUUAUUUACCAAGAUUCUUUCGUUUCGGCUCUUGACAUUUUCGCGACGGUACGCAAAGCUGCGACUUUGGACAGCAGCCUACAUGGAGCCAUUGUGCUACUUCUCGAUUUUGCCAAGGCUUACGACACGUUGCAACGUCCAUAUCUGCUUUCCGCUCUGA